GUGAAAGCUCUGAUAAUGGUAGGAAAGAAACAGUAACUCCUUUCCUCAAAAAUUUACCAUUCAUCCAUAUCAUACUUAUUAAUAAUCUGACAUGAAGCGGAGAAGAUUAGAUAGUGAAGACGACCAGGAUGAGUACGUCGCGUCUGGGAUAGAAAGGGAGGAGCGCCUGGAGCUGUUCGCUGCCACAACGGGCUUCCACAACGUAAUGCACGAGAUGGGAUUAGCACUUUCCUCAUCAUCUACCUCCGUAAAUUCCUUGGAUGGAAGCAGCGGUGAGAUAUCGCAGGAUCUCCCGCCCUACGUAAAGCCUUCAGCGGAGGACCCGCUCGGAAGUGUUUCCACAACCGAGAAAAACUACUUCGAGCGAUUCAGAUGUUCCCAGGUUGAUGAUGAUGUUGACAUUCCCUCUGAAUGGAUAGGGCUUCUCUCGGAUGCGUUGCUGGCGGCGUACUACGUACCACUUACCUAUUUCCAGGGCAAUAAACCGAUGGAUGAUAAACUGUUGGCUCAGUAUAUGACUUUUAACGCAUCUUUGGCUGAGGUUCCUCUACUUUCAGGUAUCGGGGGAGGGAACGCGGUGGGGGCCAAUACUGCUCCAGACGGCGUUUCCCUGACAUAUGGUCGCUAUUCUAACCCCUAUGGAAUUUCGCCUGGGUGGAGAUGGGAUGGUGUGAUUCGAGGUCGGAAGAAACGACAAUAACACUCUCUACACAAGCUUUCAAGGUAUAUCAUUUUAUCCGAAAAUAUUACUGUUGUGGACACAAGAGGGAAUGAAAUGUUUAAAUAUACUUGCACGUUCUAAUACACCGAUUUUGUGGAGGGUGGUGGAGGAAUAGUUAGCAUGAAUAAAUAUAAGCGAAGGAAUCUACGUACUGUUAGAGGUAUAUUUGUUUUGUUGAAGAACCCCAUUAAUCUCUUGUAUUUGCUCAGUAAUGUUAUUCAAUACCUUUCGUUUGCUUAGUCAGCAACGAUGGUGUGCGACGAAAGAGGGCAUAGCGAAUCGACAAGUUCGCUCAGCUAGCAGCCUUCUAAAAGGUGCAUAUCGCCUUUUAAGCGAGGACACGUGUGGGUUGAGUGAAGAAGGCAGGUAAUUAUCCACCAUUUGGCCCCACUAUCUUGGACGCCGGUCUUCUCACCUUAUUCAGAACAAUGAACCAAGUCACCAUUACCAAUUACAUUUUUUUUGUUCUACUCGAUGUCGUGUUUUGCGGGAUAUUUAUGAAUCUAAAGAUGGGCUCUUUAUCUGAGCCCCACUCAUCAUAACACGGUAAGGUGAUGACGAUAAACAUCUUCGUGUAAUUCGAAGUCGUUUAUCUGCCAAUAAAAAAAAGCAAAUAGGGCCGAGACCUUGGGGCAAAAA